AUGAUUGACCGUGGUAACAUGAGACAGAAAUACGAUCUCGAAGGUUCGGGAUGCGGCGAGUGUUGCACAGCUUUCUGCUGUAGUUGUUGCGAGGUUGCCCAGACGGCCAAGGAGCUCGAUUAUUUGCAGAUGGCGCCGGGUGGUGCGCCGGGUGGAUAUGUUCCACAGGAGAAGAUGGAUGCUGUUCCCCAGGCUCCUCCGCAACAAUACUAG